UUUAUCAAUGCUUCCGCCUAGGAAAGUAGUUCCCAACUCCCGCUGCCACCGGCGCCAGCGAACGGCCCGUUGGCCGGGAGGCUGACCAUCUGGGACUGCAGUGUCGGCGGAGGGCCGCCCCCGCGAGGUAGGGCCGAGAAGCGGAGAGGAGAGAGUCCCAUCCUGCGAAUCCUUCCGCCUGCGGUAUCGGUGCUGAGGUCGCGAAGCCGCCAUUUUGGAUGCCUGGCUCCUGUUACCGCCGCUUCCUCCGCUGCAGGGACCCGGCCCGAGGAUGCCAGCCCCCAUCAGACUGCGGGAGCUGAUCCGGACCAUCCGGACAGCACGAACCCAAGCAGAAGAGCGUGAAAUGAUUCAGAAAGAAUGUGCUGCCAUCCGGUCAUCCUUCAGAGAAGAGGAUAAUACAUACCGCUGCCGGAAUGUGGCAAAACUACUGUACAUGCACAUGUUGGGUUACCCUGCGCAUUUUGGACAGUUGGAGUGCCUCAAACUUAUUGCCUCUCAGAAAUUCACAGACAAGCGCAUUGGGUACUUAGGUGCCAUGCUGCUACUGGAUGAGAGACAGGAUGUCCACCUUCUCAUGACCAACUGCAUCAAGAAUGACCUUAAUCACAGCACACAGUAUGUGCAGGGGCUGGCACUCUGCACCCUCGGCUGCAUGGGCUCCUCUGAGAUGUGCAGAGACCUGGCAGGAGAAGUGGAGAAACUCCUCAAAACAUCCAACUCUUACCUAAGAAAAAAGGCAGCACUGUGUGCUGUGCAUGUCAUUAGGAAGGUGCCUGAACUCAUGGAGAUGUUCCUGCCAGCCACCAAAAACCUACUGAAUGAGAAGAACCAUGGUGUUCUUCACACAUCAGUUGUCCUCCUCACAGAGAUGUGUGAGAGAAGCCCAGACAUGUUAUCACACUUCAGAAAGAAUGAAAAGCUUGUACCCCAGUUAGUUCGUAUUCUAAAGAACCUUAUCAUGUCUGGAUAUUCACCAGAGCAUGACGUGUCUGGGAUCAGUGACCCCUUUCUGCAGGUGCGAAUCCUGCGGUUACUAAGAAUUCUGGGGCGAAAUGAUGAUGACUCAAGUGAAGCAAUGAAUGACAUACUUGCUCAGGUUGCCACUAAUACAGAAACAAGUAAAAACGUGGGUAACGCCAUCCUCUAUGAAACUGUAUUGACUAUUAUGGACAUCAAGUCUGAGAGUGGACUGCGAGUGUUAGCCAUUAACAUCCUAGGCCGUUUCUUGUUAAAUAACGACAAAAAUAUUAGAUAUGUAGCUUUGACAUCUUUGUUGAAGACUGUGCAGACAGACCACAAUGCAGUACAGCGACACAGAAGCACCAUUGUGGACUGCCUAAAAGAUCUGGAUGUCUCCAUUAAACGGCGUGCAAUGGAGCUGAGCUUUGCAUUAGUUAAUGGCAACAACAUCCGUGGAAUGAUGAAGGAACUGCUGUAUUUCCUGGAUUCCUGUGAGCCAGAGUUCAAGGCAGAUUGUGCCUCUGGAAUAUUUCUUGCAGCAGAGAAAUAUGCCCCUUCCAAACGCUGGCACAUAGACACAAUUAUGCGAGUCCUAACAACGGCAGGAAGUUAUGUUCGAGAUGAUGCUGUCCCCAACCUGAUCCAGCUGAUAACAAAUAGCAUGGAGAUGCAUGCCUAUACUGUACAGAAACUCUACAAAGCCAUCCUUGGUGACUACUCCCAGCAGCCCCUAGUGCAGGUGGCCUCUUGGUGUAUGGGAGAAUAUGGAGACCUCUUGAUAUCUGGUCAGUGUGAAGAGGAGGAGCCAGUUCAGGUAACGGAAGAGGAAGUACUCGAUAUUUUAGAAAGUGUCCUGAUAUCAAACAUGUCUGCAUCCGUUACACGAGGUUAUGCUCUCACCGCCAUCAUGAAGCUUUCCACAAGGUUCACCUGCACUGUCAACCGCAUUAAGAAGGUUGUGUCCAUCUAUGGCAGCAGCAUUGAUGUGGAGCUCCAGCAGAGGGCAGUGGAGUACAAUGCACUUUUCAAGAAGUAUGAUCACAUGAGGUCAGCCCUACUUGAGCGAAUGCCAGUUAUGGAAAAGGUGACCACAAAUGGCCCCACUGAGAUUGUACAGACCAAUGGAGAGACAGAGCCAGCAGUGCUGGAAACCAAACCUCCCCCCUCUGGGCUGCAGCCCACCAGCCAGGCAAAUGACUUGUUGGACUUAUUGGGAGGAAAUGAUAUAACCCCAGUCAUUCCAACUGCCCCUACAAGCAAGCCAGCCUCUGCCGGUGGGGAGCUCCUUGACCUCCUGGGAGAUCUCAGCCUAACAGCUUCUCCAGCCUCGGUCCCUGCCCCACAGAUAUCGCAGCCUUCGUUCCUGUUGGAUGGGCUCUCAUCACAGCCUCUCUUCAAUGAUAUUGCUGCUGGCAUCCCCUCCAUCACAGCAUACAGCAAGAAUGGGCUGAAGAUAGAGUUCACCUUUGAGAGAUCGAACACCAACCCCAGCAUCACCGUGAUCACGAUACAAGCCUCCAACAGCACAGAGCUGGACAUGACAGACUUUGUUUUCCAGGCUGCGGUACCAAAGACAUUCCAGCUGCAGCUUCUGUCUCCCAGCAGCAGCAUCAUCCCAGCAUUUAACACGGGGACCAUCACACAGGUCAUCAAAGUUCUGAACCCACAGAAGCAACAGCUACGUAUGCGGAUCAAGUUGACCUAUAAUCACAAGGGCUCAGCAAUGCAGGAUCUAGCAGAAGUUAACAACUUCCCCCCUCAGUCCUGGCAGUGAGGCUCUGGCACCAUUCUUACUCACCCCACCCAAUCAAAGGAACUCUGGGAAGAAGGUGGAUCCCUGGCAAUCCCCCAAACUGCACCAUGGACCUGGGGAACGAUGAGACCUGCUGAUGAGGAGGAAUCUUCCUGAAGUGAUUGCUGAUUUUGAAGCAUAUCUGUUAAGACUAACUUCCUCCCCUCCACUGAUGAGGCUUGCUGCUUGUGGAGGCUGCUCUGCACUCCCCCAUGCAUUCAGAGUCGGAAGCAACAUUCUCCUUCCCCCCAAGAAACAUGCAGUUCGUUUGGAAGAGAGGACUGGAAUUGCUUGCAAGGAAACACAUUUUUCUCUCCUCCCCGCUCCUGCCUCCGUGCAGCAAGUGAGCAGCUGUCCCUUCUUUCUGCUGCCUUCUUUCCGUGGGGUGGGUGUAAGGUGGGUUUUGAGUCAUUACUAGCAGGCACUUUCAUCUGGGGUUUGGGGGAGAAGCUUAUCCAGAGACCAUUAGGGAGCCCUGCCUUUUUCUUUCGGUUUCCUCAAUGUGUGAAGAGGCUGUGAGCUCCUAGUGGCCUGUUCUGUGCAUUGCUGUAUGCACACAGACACCUUAGCUAUACGACACCAACAGCAGGUCAGGGACAGCGCGCGGGAAAAGUGAUGCUGAUGAGAUCUGAUCCAGUUGAUUUGGUGCUAUAUUUGAAUGUGAAGCCCUGACACUUCCAUUUCCUUCACUUUCCAUCAUUGGUUGCAGCUGUGCAGACUCACAGUGGCUCUUCUGUAGCUAUCUCGAAAGCAUCACAAUGGAUCAGAGACUCCAACCCACCCCAUUCCCAAAAUUUCAAAACUCUUAUUACCCAGUCCCUUGACUGUUGGCUGUGGUAGGUGGGUAGAAAGGCAACAGUCCAAUCUAUAGAUCACUUUUUGAUAAGAGGCCCCAUUGCCUGCUGGGAGGCUUGGCAUAGACUACACUGCAAAGUCACUUUUCCCUGUUACUCCAGACUCUUCCCCCCUUUCAUUUCCUAAGCCUGUCAUAGACCCCUGGAUUCCAUCCAAGUUCAUUCUUCUGACUGGGAUGUUUAUAUUGUAUCUGUAAUGCUGGCACUGAAAUAAAGACCAUGCAGUUUAAAGAGACCUUUCCCACUUGGUACUUAAUGGUGGUGUAACGAAACCCUGUUGCUCCUUGCUCCCCGUUCAGUGAAGUCCAUGUCAAUCCGAUGUGGCACCCACAUUUAUCUCAAAUUGAAAGUAACUAAGCAAGCUGCUGUUUGCAUGGAGGCCAGUUUCUUAAGCAUAUGGGUCCAAAGACCUGAGGUCUAGUGCUCUUCAGAGCUAUGUCAGUGAUUUCCAGAGAAGAACUAUGUAGUACUGCACUGUGCGUUUUUUAGUAUGCAGUGUCAGCCAGGUAGUGGCUUCAUGAACCUCUGUGGAGAGGUGAAGAAUGGGAGCCAAGGUCCAUAGCGAGAGAGAGGGCAGCUAUGUAUGGUGUUGAGCACCCUCCAGGACUGGGGAAGGGGAGGGGGCACACCUUGGAUUUUCAUCCCUUGAGCAUAUUGGCAUGUUGAGUAGAGUCUUUUCUCCAACCCUGAUGCUUUCUCAAAGGAAACUGGUAGCAAAUCUGCUUUACUUCUCCCAUAGAGCCUUCUAGAUGAUGACCCGUCAGUGGUCCUGAGACCUGUACCCUUCAGGUGGUCACAAAGGACUGACACCAGGUGCUGGUCUUCACUGGAAAUGUUUCCAUCUGUCAGUGUAACUGAUUUGGAUGCAGGACCUGAUGUUUGCCAACUGUUGAUGGGUGGUCAGAGCAGGUUAUAGCCUUGGGUUCUGUGAGACUGCAUGCAAGUGUGGGACGCUGGUCAUUUAGAAAAAGUAGGGAGAGCUGCUCUGCCUUUGCCUUUGAAAAGUGGUCAUUAAAGAUUUAUGUUCAGACUGCUUUUUUAAAUGGUGUUAAAUAAUACUGUCAAAUUGGCACAAGGCUUAGCAGUGUGAUUGAUGGGUAGGUCCCUGCAGCAGCACUAGUUUAUCUCUUACUCAUGGAGGCCAUCUCUUUGCCUUCCAACAUUUGGAAGGGAUCAGCUAAGGCCUUUUUGACUAGAAUAGAAGCUCUCUAGCAUUCUGCUGGCAUUGGCAUCUGCUUGAGACUAUAGGAAGAAUAAGCUAUACCACACAGUGUCUCCCUUGAGAACAGAACUGAUCCUGGGUUGUAGCAUUUACAAGAGCAAUGUCUUGGCCUAAUCAUCAAGGAUGUCUGCUUCAGACAGAAGCACGAGGAUUCAGGCAGCCCAGUACUAUUUAACACCUAUAUAAGGGUCCAUUCUUGGAACUGCUGAGUUUUACUUCCCAUUCACUUCAGCCACAAGUGAGGGUGGUGAUGAGCAUCUCUCUGGUUCAGAAACGCAUUCAGAUAUCAGGCUAAGUCUGUGCCUUAGUUCUCAUGAACUCUCCCAUUCUCCUCUGAAGGCUGCACCUGCCACAAAGUCGCUCAUUACUGUGAAGACUGCUGCACUUCAAUAGUUCCUUUUUCAUAGGAAGAGCAGUGAUGCUGGAGCAUUAGUGAGGACAGAGCUAAUGCUGCAGAAGCAAUGGUCACUCUGGCCUGUUGACUGCUGUACAGCUGAAAGCUGAAUACCUCAUUGCUUCAGCUGCCGUUACUUCCUCUCUUCUGGAGCAGCAUGUGUUUUGCCAGUAGCUUUCCAAAUGGAAAGCUUGUAGGGAUAAAUUCCUCCUGUGUGCUUGGCUCCUCUUCAGCCUCAUUCCAUGGAAGAGAUGUUUGUAUAUGUAUGGAGCUCUCUGCACUUGACACAAAGUGUUGGUGCAGUUGUCCUGAGUCUCCUGACUGAGUUCAGGAGAAUGCAUGUGGCAGGGUGAGUGGUGUGGAUUGUACACCUGUAGGACGUUCAGUUUGAGGCCAUCCCUUGGCUGAGAGAUAAUCCUUAUGAAGAGGCUAAGCAUUUCUGUUGUCCUUGGAGGUCUCCGCCUUCCUCUUGCUAGGGAUAAUGGUCCUAACACCAUACCAGAGUGAGAGAAAGUUUCAUACCCCCCGUGCACACCUAGUGAUCAAUCCCUUUGUUUGCUACUUGACCCUGGGCAGGUCUCUUAAACCCAUCCUGUUUCCUUGUUUGUAACUUGGGUGUAAUAAUACUUGUCCACCUCUGUAAAGUGCUUUGAGCACUGUUUACGUUGACACCAAUGGAAUGGGACAGUUGUACACGUCUGAUGACAUCCUUCCCAUUUUAAUGCACGGGGACAGUGCUGAGAGCUGGAUACAGACUUAGAGUUAACCUUUCUGACACUCUGCAUAGAGAGUUUGGGGCUGGGAGAAGGGGGUGAAUGUCUCUUUAUUCCCCCCCCCCCCCCCGCCAGUGAAUGUAUUAAAAUCUUUGAGCCAUGAGACAGCAGAAGGAAUAGGAGCUGUAUCAGGCUGAAGGCAAAGGAGAUGGGGAGGAGGCAAGUAAAAGUCCUGAGAUUUGAUUUUGUGCAGCUUCUUGGGGGAACGGCACAUGGAAUUGAUAUGAACAACUCUUUCAAGCAAUAGGAGUGAGUAGCUGCUGCCUACACAGAUCCUUGGAUAUUUAACCCAGAAGAUGCUGAUGCAUCUGGGACAGGCAUUUCAUUCCUUUCCCUAGGACUGGUUCUGGAGCAGCAAGGAUGCCUUUUUUUAGACUUCCUGGUAUGCUUUCCAUGUGUUCAUUUUCUGCUUGGGGGCUGUGAGGGAAGGAGCCAUUGGACGCUUCCCUCUGUGAACUCACUUUAUUCCUGUAGUCUUUUUCUUUCCUGAAGUUGUAAGUUACAUUUUACAUGGAAUCCCAUCCCAUCUCCUUGACUGUAUUUAAAAAAAAAAAAAAAAAAAGCCCUUUCUGAGAGGGGAGCCUGAUGACGUUCUAACUAUUGCAGAUUUUUGAGAUGUGAAAAAAAUUUAAUUAAAUGCUAAGUCUUACAGGUGAGUGAGGAGCAUAACAGAUGUAAACAUUUACAUGGGAUGCAUUAGAAUUCUGCUGUGUGUAUUGUCUUUCAGUUGAAACAAAUUAUGAAGUGACUAAUAAUAAAGUCAAUACUCAGUGAUUUAAAA